AUGAAUCAAAAGGCCAAUGCACUGCAAAGUGUUAUUGGAGUCUUCCUGCACUCGUGCAAAACCCCCGAGAAGGUCGUUGAGACACUCGCUCGCAUGGGGAUCUCCAUUUCCCUCACGUCGAUUCACCGCGCCAAUCAGUCAUUGUACGAGGAGUCAGCUGAGACAAUAAGUCAUUUGGGAAGAUGUCUAUUAGUCGGAUUUGGCUAUGAUAAUUUUGAUGUAAACUUGAAGCCGUCCGUUUCGACUGUCGAAAAGCUGGGGGAUUCAUUAAAGCAUCUCAUGUCCAUGCUUGUGUUUCCUUUGCAACACGGCAUCACUCUGGAUGAUUUACAUUGCAGCGAGGAUCUGUGGAAGAAGUCCGCGCUCAACCCACAUGGCUCAGUUCCGCGCCAUACUUGGGAAGAGCUUCUCAAGGCCGUGCAACCCAAACACACACCUGGGCUAUCCCACCCCCUUAAUAUCACACCUCAUGCCCAGGCAUCACAUACGGCUGAGCCAGCGGGUCGCACAACCAGCGAAGAAUUCAAUGCAUGGAUGUUCCUUCAUGAUCUGGUGAACCAUGGGCCAUUGUACUUCGCCAGUUUUCGUUCCGAGAUAGGGCAACCACCCGAAGUCGAGUCAAUCCCACUCGUGGAGACGCCUAUCACACCUAUGCAUGCAAUGGAUGUGAAUAAUUCCACCGUCGCAGGAAAUAUUGGUGCAAUCAAACAGAUACUUGCCCAGGCAGGGAUCGCCGACAUCCACAACCCGGAGUUUGUGGGGAUUGACACGAAGGACAUGAGGGAUGUCAAAGAUUAUAUUGUUUUAUUUCAUGGGGACUUGGGGACCGGUGAACACAUCCAAUCACUCCAGCUUCGAUGUUCAAUUGAAUCCUCGCCAUGGCGUCGCUUUCAGUUUGUCAUCUUUAUCCUUGGUCUGUUCCACGUCAAGAUGGCUUGCGCGGAUGCCAUCUGGCGGAUAUUCAUUCAGUCGCUGAAUGGAUGUCUGGACGAAACGUGCAUGAUGGAGGAUAUCACAAUUCUUCGGCCCAAAGAGACGGGAACCAUUUCCAGCAAGCCCACCUUCCGCCAAAUGCACCAAGUAAUCCAACAUACCGGAAUCUGUCGUCGAUUGGACUGCUGGCGCGUCGAAGCAGCUCAACGCAAUCCCUUGCAUACCUCACUUGAGGAGUUUGCUAAGUCAAAAUCAUCUCUCAAUGAAUUACAGAGCAUCGCAGUGAUCGCCACACGCAAAUAUGUCGCCUCACGUCUUCUCGGCAGAUUGCGCCGCCAACCAACCGGCCAGCGAGAUGAGCAAUGGGAGAAUGCCACCCUACUUAAUAAGUACUGCCUCCUCUACGAGGAACUUUUGUACGCAAUGAAUCAUGGCGAUAUCGGCCGCGUAGAAGCCAAUUUCAUUCCAUGGAUCCAUAUCAUCAAGGUGGUCGGGAAACACAAGUACACUACUCACCUAACUCAAUAUCUGUACAGCACGAGAUUUGUCUAUCCACCAGGGCUUAGUCGCACCGUUCGGUACAAUAUCCUUGUGAAUCCCACAGGAAAGAACGGCAAAUGGCGUGCAGUGGACUGGUGCGUGGAGUUCAACAAUUUACAAACAAAGAGCGAGCAUGGAGGCGAAGGCUCCAAUCGCACCGUUGCGCGGAUCAUCAAAGAAUCACCUUUGAUUCAGGUCUAUCAUGAUGCAAAGGAGAAAAUCAGUAAUAAUAUUCUGCUCGACCAUUUGACGUCCGCGCACGCUGAUCCCAAUAUGGCACGCACAUUUGAGUCCGUGUCGCGCCACCUUGCCGAAGCUACGCCUCACAAGAUCAAACCUGGGCGGCAGACUGCUUUCACCAUUGAUGAUAUGAUCGACAAGGGAGCAGCCAAGUUACCGGCUACACCUGUCCCAGUAGCAGAGAUUGAGCUGGAUGACAUCGUCGGUGAUGGAUUGAGUGCACAACCUGACGCUGACGAUAUUAUAAUAGACCUCUAG